UCUUAUCACUGAAAGCUAAAGUCUUUGAAGCUGCAGCUUUUCUACUCCACAAAAUCUUCUCUCCCUUAAAGCUGACAGAUUUCCUCCCAAACAAGAAAAGAAAAGAAAAAAAAAAAGAAAAAAAAAUUAAAACAUUCCGACAAUUGUUUGAUGAUUUUUCUAUGUUUUUUAUAGACAAUAAAAGAUUUGUGUGACUAUAUUUGUUUAGCCAACAGAUCAUUCCAAGUGAAAGAGGAAAAGGUGCGAUGUUGGACUAUGAAUGGGGGAACCAAUCGGCGGCGGUCAUGUUUUCCGAUGAAACAGGGCAUGAAUCCGAUCAGAACCGCCAGUAUUUUGACCCGUACGCGACGCAAACCGCCUUCAACGACAAUCAGGCUGCGGCGGCGGCGGCGGCGACUGCGGCUUUGGUGGGUUCAAACGCCAAUUUCGUGACCGGCCCCCACCAGUUCCAUAACCCGGCGGCGGCGGCGCAAGGCAACGCGCAUCAUAAUCAUCACUUGGCGGCGGCGUACUAUGAUCCACGCGCUUACGGCGGUGCUUCGUUUGGACACGCGGCGGCGGCGGCGGCGGGGCAUGCUCCGUUGCUGUCCCUGGAGCCGUCGGCUCCCGGCGGCUACAUGGUGGUGCCGAAGAGCGAGCCGCUGGUGGGGGGGAUAGACUUCGGGAGCAGCAGCCGGAUUGGGCUGAAUUUGGGUGGCCGGACUUACUUCUCCUCCGCCGAGGACGAUUUCGUGAACCGCCUUUACCGGCGGUCCAGGACGGUGGAUCCCGGCGCCGUUAACUCCCCGAGAUGCCAAGCCGAAGGCUGCAAUGCUGACCUCACCCACGCGAAACACUACCACCGCCGCCACAAAGUCUGCGAGUUCCACUCCAAAGCCGCCACCGUCAUCGCCGCCGGGUUGACUCAGCGAUUCUGCCAACAAUGCAGCAGGUUUCAUCUCUUGACGGAGUUUGAUAACGGCAAGAGAAGCUGCCGGAAAAGGCUGGCGGAUCACAACCGGCGGAGGAGGAAAAACCAGCAGCCAAACCAAGAACCUAGUACCAACAAGACCCACCAUCUUGAAAAUCCUCCAACUUCUUCUUCCGCCAAUAGCUUUGCAAGGUCUCCGGCGGAUUCCGGGGUGCAUUCAACGUCGUCGGUGACGGUGGCAGUUUCACCGCCGAGAAUUUCACUGGAUUAUUUCAGGUAAACCGAGAGACGGCGGCGAUGGUGCCAGCAAGCUCAUCUCAUCAGAUCGGAUAUGAUCACUCUUUUUUCUGGAAUGGGUGGUUGGUUUUAGUUUCCGUUAUAACGCCGUCCAGAGCCCCGCCGGCGGGCACUGAUUUUCAGCCAUGAAUGAUCCUCAGCUCAGAUCAGCUAGCUAAAAGUAGUACUGCUACUGCAUGCUACAUACUAGUAUAAUAACAUAAAUGGUAGCAUUAUUAUUAUGAUUAUUAUUGUUAUUAUCUCCGAAUUAGGUUGAUGAUGUUAAUGUUAACUCUUAUGAUUAAUUACGUUUGUGUUUCACCACCUAUGAACUUAAAUCUGUGAAAACAUUUACUAAUUGUUAUAAAUAUAUAUGAUGUAUUUUGGGAAAA